ACAUUCGGCGCGGCUAUUGAAGAAAAGCGGUCUCGAAAGACAUGACCGUCUCGUUUGUGCACCGUGAGUCUCAAAGCAUUGAUGACAGACAGCGGCAGAGCGACCUGCGGACUGCGACAGCGAGACAGAGCGCGAAUCAAAUGUAAAACGACCGAUUCCAUCUUGCAACAUUUCCAUAUCCCUGCAGGCAUCUUGAUGUUUUUAUCACAUAUGAAUAGAUGACGAAGAAGAAUAGGGCGAAGGAAGACUGGAGAUUCGUUUCUCUCAUCACGGGGUGCCGGUGAAAGAGGGGCAGCCUAAAACGUCUAACAAGAACCGCACCAUCAUCAGUUGCGUCUGUCUGUCGUGAGAUGACAAAGUCCCACUGGUCCUGCAUCGCCCUCCUUUCCAUUCUCUUCCUCCCGAAUGCCGCCGACCUCCUUUCCUCCUGUACCUCCAUAUCCCCAUCGCCGUCCGCUCCUCCUCAACAGCCAACCUCUGCCAGAGGGUGUGUGCCAUCUGCUUGGAAUUUUUUAGAAUUAGACGAACUUGGGAGAACAGCACAUUUAUUGUCAUUUCACAAUGAAUAAUUCAUUCAACCUCGCAGGCGGGUAUUAGCCUGAUUCCAGAUCUGUUUGUGCUGUCUUACCAACUCCUUAGUACUUACAGACCCGGGACCAUACUGUCUUGUUCAUCUUCCCAUUCUCCUACUGGGGGCUCAGACUGCGAGUGUGCGUGAGCAAAACGAUUCUAGUGGUCCCGUUGAAGCUGAGGACAAUGUCUCAGAAGAAGAUAUUCCUGGUCUUCGUGGCGGUCAGUACCGUCAGUCUCCUGCUGCAUCAUGGGGGCCACUUCAGCUGGACAAUGGAAGCCUUUCAUCUGGGCUGUUCGUCGCUGCGCACCCACUCGUCCCCCCCCAAGCCCAAACACACCAACGUGGCCUUCCUAAAAACGCACAAGACGGCCAGCACCACCAUGCAGAACCUGCUCUUCCGCUUCGCGGAGCGCAACAACCUGACCGUGGCGCUCCCGGUGCAGGCGUGCGGACACCAGUUCUGCUACCCGCGCUCCUUCAGCACCCACCUGGUCCACCCGCACACUCUGCCGCCCAACGUGAUCACCAACCACAUGCGCUUCAACCGCGCCGAAAUGCGGCGUCUCAUGCCCAACGACACCAUCUAUGUCACCAUACUCAGAGAGCCGGGAUCCAUGUUCGAGUCGCUGUUCAGUUACUACAACCAGUACUGUCAGAGCUUUAAGCGGGUUCCGAACGGUUCACUGGAGGUGUUCCUGGACGAACCGUGGCGUUACUACAGGCCGGACGAGAAGGACUCCAUGUACGCCCGAAACACGUUGACCUUUGACUUGGGCGGGGACAAGGACCGCCCGGAGGCAGAUGUGGCAGCGUACUCCCGGGCCUUUGUAGCCGAGACGGAGCGCGUCUUCUCCCUGGUGAUGAUCGCCGAGUACUUUGACGAGUCGCUGGUCCUUCUCCGUCACCUUCUCUCCUGGGAAUUGGAGGACAUGCUCUACGUCAAGCUCAACAUGCGGACGUCCGGCUCCAAGCGGAGCCUCUCCCCGGGCCUCCCCGCCAAGAUCCGCUCCUGGAACGCCCUGGACGCACGCCUCUACGACCAUUUCAACGACACGCUGUGGCGCCGGCUGGACGCACUGGGCCCGGCGUGCGUGGCCCGGGAGGUGCGCCUCCUCCGCAGGGCCCAGGAGAGGCUGGUGAGGGGCUGCUUCGGCGGACGGCUCCCCCAGCUCCGCUCGGCCGCCCAGAUCAAAAACAAGGAUUUGCGCCCGUGGCAGCCCAGCGCCAAGGUAGACAUCGUCGGCUACGAUCUGCCGACCAACACCACUCGGCCAGGAGGCCUCGCCCACGACCUGUGCCUGAAGCUCAUCAUGCCGGAGGUUCAGUACACCAAGGUGCUGCUCCGGUCGGAGUCCCAGCGCUAUCGACGCAGGUACCCCCUGCGCUCCCCGCAGCCCCAGCAACCGCUGCCCUUCAAGCGGUCCGUCCUGCCACGCCACCAACAAUUGCACGAGGAGGCCCCGCCUCCGGGACCCGCUCCUGCCUCAGUGCCCACGGCCACACCUCAACCACCAGAGACCCAGAAUAGGGCAACCAGGUUAGGGCAUAGGCCCUCAGGCCCCAAUAGGCAGACGCCUUAACUUAAGACUGGGCCCUGCCCCUUAAAUACAGUAUGAAUUUGAAUAGGCUACAUACAAAAACAGACAGGAAGACUGCCCUCUUGACCAUUGGUCCCCAGAGACUUUAUCAGGAGGCCCUGGAGGAGAGGGGGGGUGAGGUUUUUGGGGGUGGGACCAUGCCAAUGUUGGCAUUGGGGGUUUACUCCCUGUCUCAGCGUGAACUCUUUAUGGAACAAUCGAUCACAGCACAGCCGCUCCCUCUAAUGCCAUCCUCGCCCCCCCAAUCCUGGAGAAGGUGGUGUUGAAGGCAGCGGGGGGGGGGGGGGGGGGGU